AUGAUAGCGCAAAAAAACCAAAUAAAUACCGCGAUAGAAAUCGUGUUUCUGAUGAUCGUGUUUCUGAUGAUCGUGUUUCUGAUGAUCGUGUUUCUGGUCAUCGUGUUUCUGAUGAUCGUGUUUCUGAUGAUCGUGUUUCUGUUGAUCGUGUUUCUGAUGAUCGUGUUUCUGGUCAUCGUGUUUCUGAUGAUCGUGUUUCUGGUCAUCGUGUUUCUGAUCAUCGUGUUUCUGGUCAUCGUGUUUCUGAUCAUCGUGUUUCUGGUCAUCGUGUUUCUGAUCAUCGUGUUUCUGGUCAUCGUGUUUCUGAUCAUCGUGUUUCUGGUCAACGUGUUUCUGAUCAUCGUGUUUCUGGUCAUCGUGUUUCUGAUGAUCGUGUUUCUGAUGAUCGUGUUUCUGGUCAACGUGUUUCUGAUCAUCGUGUUUCUGGUCAUCGUGUUUCUGGUCAUCGUGUUUCUGAUGAUCGUGUUUCUGGUCAUCGUGUUUCUGGUCAUCGUGUUUCUGAUGAUCGUGUUUCUGGUCAUCGUGUUUCUGGUCAUCGUGUUUCUGAUGAUCGUGUUUCUGAUGAUCGUGUUUCUGUUGAUCGUGUUUCUGAUGAUCGUGUUUCUGAUCAUCGUGUUUCUGAUCAUCGUGUUUCUGUUGAUCGUGUUUCUGUUGAUCGUGUUUCUGAUCAUCGUGUUUCUGAUCAUCGUGUUUCUGAUCAUCGUGUUUCUGAUCAUCGUGUUUCUGGUCAUCGUGUUUCUGAUCAUCGUGUUUCUGGUCAUCGUGUUUCUGAUCAUCGUGUUUCUGAUCAUCGUGUUUCUGGUCAACGUGUUUCUGAUCAUCGUGUUUCUGGUCAUCGUGUUUCUGAUCAUCGUGUUUCUGGUCAACGUGUUUCUGAUCAUCGUGUUUCUGGUCAUCGUGUUUCUGAUGAUCGUGUUUCUGAUGAUCGUGUUUCUGGUCAACGUGUUUCUGAUCAUCGUGUUUCUGGUCAUCGUGUUUCUGAUGAUCGUGUUUCUGAUGAUCGUGUUUCUGGUCAUCGUGUUUCUGGUCAUCGUGUUUCUGAUGAUCGUGUUUCUGGUCAUCGUGUUUCUGGUCAUCGUGUUUCUGAUGAUCGUGUUUCUGGUCAUCGUGUUUCUGGUCAUCGUGUUUCUGAUGAUCGUGUUUCUGAUGAUCGUGUUUCUGUUGAUCGUGUUUCUGUUGAUCGUGUUUCUGAUCAUCGUGUUUCUGAUCAUCGUGUUUCUGAUCAUCGUGUUUCUGAUCAUCGUGUUUCUGGUCAUCGUGUUUCUGAUCAUCGUGUUUCUGGUCAUCGUGUUUCUGAUCAUCGUGUUUCUGGUCAUCGUGUUUCUGAUCAUCGUGUUUCUGGUCAACGUGUUUCUGAUCAUCGUGUUUCUGGUCAUCGUGUUUCUGAUCAUCGUGUUUCUGAUGAUCGUGUUUCUGGUCAACGUGUUUCUGAUCAUCGUGUUUCUGGUCAUCGUGUUUCUGAUGAUCGUGUUUCUGAUGAUCGUGUUUCUGGUCAACGUGUUUCUGAUCAUCGUGUUUCUGGUCAUCGUGUUUCUGGUCAUCGUGUUUCUGGUCAUCGUGUUUCUGGUCAUCGUGUUUCUGAUGAUCGUGUUUCUGGCCCGAGAUGUGCGCAACAAUGAGGUGGUUUGUUGA